UACAAGAGGGAAAUACUCUAUAGGAGCCGAAAACAAGCCUCAAUGCGUGUUAUAAUAAUCAUAAAUAUAACUAUAAAUAAAUAUAACUAGGCAGAUAAUGCAAUGGGGAAAGGAACGUGUUGACGCCAACACGAAGAUGGUGCAAGAAUAUGUUUACACAGUCCUGUGAACCAGACAUUGCAUGGCAUACAUGAGAAGCUUAUUGGAAGGUUAUGACACUCUAAAAAAAUGCUGGGUUGUUUUUUCAAACCAAAUGUGGGAGUUAAGUCUUUGCUGUCAUUUUGUUGGGUUAUUUUAACGACUGGGACGUCGGUAAAGUUGGUUUGCGGUUAGCUAUUCGGACAAAAAAGAAACACGGCCAAUGGCUUAUUUUGAAAGUGCCGAUUUGUGAAUUCCGAAAAUAUAUUCAAAAAAUACCUCAAAACUGUUGGUAAUACAGUUCGUCCGUUUAUUUUCUUGUGCUUAAAAUGGCCUUCCCACGACGAAGCCCAUCUCUACGGCUGUCCCCAUGGCUGUCAUUUACUUACGAGUCCGUGAAACCCAAAAGUAAAAAAGACGCGUUUUAAUCAGGACCGUCUCUUCUCGGAAAAGAUUUUAAAAGCAAAUUUGACAGUCUACCUCUACCUUCUCCCAGUUUGAGAGUAUUACGUCUUUCUGUCUAACUUGUUUUAUUUGACUGUGUAGGUUACCACUAAUAUUAGUAUUAGCCUGGAUAAUUGAUAUUUAUUCUAAUUUAGCAUUUACAUUGAUCUGUUAGGAGACGGUGUGACUUUUAACUUAGUUAACAUGUUUCGUUUGUAGGCUACAGACGAAGUAUUGUGUUUUAUUAUGAAUUAGCAUAAGGUUAGAAGUUUCUGGGUGAAUUAACUCAUCUGACUGGGUUAAAAUAGCAAUGUUGUUUUCAACCCAGCAUUUUUAGAGUGUAAUUUUGACAUACAAAUGGGACUUUACAACCACUGAAUUUGCACUCCAGUGUGCUUAAUGGCUGAACGACGCUAUGAAGGCAAAGAUCAUGCCGUGUCUUAUCAGAAAUACAGGGUGUCUCCGCAAGAAGUUGUCGAAGAAGUGUUAGCCUUUCUCGAGAGAAGGAAAGCUAAGCCUUUUCAUCUUGCACUGGAUGUGGGAUGUGGAUCCGGGCAGGGAACUGUGUUCCUAGCUCCUCACUUCACCCACGUGGUUGGCAUAGACGUCAGCUCUGCCAUGCUUGAGUUUGCCAUGGCUAGCGACCAUCCUCCUAAUGUCUCCUACAGGCAAUCCCCGGCAGAGCAGAUGCCCUUUGAGGAUGGCGUGGUGGAUCUGGUGACGUCCAUGACGGCGGCACACUGGUUCGAUCGCCCUCGUUUCCUGCUGGAGGCCGACAGGCUCCUAAGGCCGGGGGGCUGCCUGGCCCUGCUCAGCUACACCAUGGACUUUGAGCUGGAGUGCGGUGAUCACAGCAGCCGACUCAAUGCCAUCUGUCAGGAGUUCUAUGCAGCUCUGCUCCCACACCGCAGCACACAUCUGGGUUCCAGUUCUCUGAUGCUUUACAAACAGAUGUAUGACUCCAUCCCUUACGAAGACAAGGAGUGGCAUGAAUGUUUGCGGGUUCGGAAAAAGAUGCCUCUCUUCAGCUACAUGCACAUGGUAGAGACCUUCACCAGCUAUCAGGCUCUGCUGCAGAAGGAUCCCCUGGAGGCAAAGCGACUUUCACAGGACAUCACAGACAAGUUAGUCUCAGCUUUGGGCGUUUCCUCUCCUGAGACAGAUGUUACUGUGGUGGUGAAGUACUUCUAUCUGCUGGCCUGUAAACCAUCAACAAAGUGAACAACAAUACAUUUAGUGGAUUCUUCAGUAUAAUGAAGUAUAAAUUACAAGUAGCCUAAAUUGAAGGUCCUCAUCGCAUGUUUUCUGAUACUUUUGUACCCAUAUUUGAUUUGUAUUUCAUGAUGUGUUUUUUUUGUGUGGUCUAGUCUUUUAUCAGAUGCAUCACGUCCAUUCCCUUUGACAAAAAUAAUGUCAUAAACUGUUAUGUAGUUCUAUAGAAUUAGCCUAGUUAUGAUUUCUGUAUUUAAAUAAAAUAUCUUAAGGUACAAUUUCUAAUCCUUACAAACUGGAAUUAUACCUCCUCUUGUUUUGUGGUCUUAUUGUAACUUCAUGACUGGUCAGUGAAUUAAACAAGAAAACUCUGCCA